UCCUAUAAAACCAACGCAAAUACCUCCUCCUCUGCCACCCCAACUUUUCUCUUUCUCCUCCAACCACGCGCCGCCGCAGGCAUGGACGUAAAAUGCACCCAACCACCCUCCUCCGCCUUGAAACUCCGAAGAACAACCAGUGCCGACGGUAGUGGAACCGGAACCAUCAUUCUCGGCAAGUAUCAACUUGGCCGUCUUUUAGGCCGUGGUAGCUUCGCUAAAGUCUACGACGGCCGCUGUUUAAACAAUAAUACUAACAUCGCCAUAAAAGUUAUUGACAAAACCUCUAUCUCGGAUCCUUCAAUGGAGCCUCGGAUCAUUCGCGAAGUCUCCGUUAUGACACGUGUCAAUGAUCAUCCCAACAUCAUCAAACUCGACGAAGUGUUGGCGACGAAAACCAAAAUCUACUUAAUCAUGGAGAUCGCCACGGGUGGCGAUCUCUACGCUAAGCUGAACCGUCGCGGUCGGUUCUCUGACUCGACAGCGCGGUUUUAUUUUCACCAGUUGGUCUCAGCCCUCCACUUUUGCCAUCAAAAUGGGGUGACUCACCGCGACAUCAAGCUUCAAAACCUUCUCCUCGACCAGAACAACAACCUCAAAAUCUCUGAUUUUGGGCUCUCCGCCUUACCUGAACAACUAAACAACGGUCUCCUUCAUACUGCUUGUGGAACUCCAGCUUAUACUGCACCAGAGGUAGCUUAUAGAAAAGGAUACGAUGGCGCAAAGGCGGAUUCGUGGUCUUGUGGAGUUAUAUUAUUUGCAUUUCUUUCUGGGUUCCUUCCAUUUGAUGAUAGCAAUAUAUCAAGCAUGUACCAUGCAAUACACCGUCGCCUAUUUAAGUUUCCUGAUUGGGUUUCAAAACCAGCUCGGAAUAUAAUAAAGCGACUACUUGAUCCUAACCCGAGUACCAGGUUAAGCAUUGAGGAAUUAAUGAAUCUUUCGUGGUUCAAGAAAUCCGGGCUGAAACAAGGAGAAUCUAAUCGUCAGCAGAAAUUCGAUGAAUGUGUGUAUGAAAAAGAGUGUAAAAACUUGGGCAGGAUAAAUGCGUUUGAUAUAAUAUCAAUGUCAUCUGGGUUGGAUUUAUCUGGGUUAUUUGAAAUUGGAAUGAGUAAGAAAGAGAUGAGGUUUACGACAAGAGCGAAAAUUGGGGAAGUUGAAGAGAAAGUGAUGAAAAUUGGAAAAGAAGGAGGGUAUAAAGUGGAAAGAGGGAAAGGUAGGGGAAUUGGAUUGGUUAAAGGCAGAGUUGUUUUAAUGGUGGAAAUUUUGGAGGUGGCAAUGGAGCUGUUGUUGGUGGAGAUUAAGGUUGUUAAUGGUGGAUUGGAAUUUGAGGAUUUUCAAUGGGAGGAAUUGAAAGGUGGGUUGAAGGAUAUAGUAGUUUCAUGGUACACUAAUGGAUCUUGAAAGAAAUUAUUUUUCUGCGUUAUACAUCUAAUAUUCGAAAUUGACUAGCUCGAUUAAUCUAAAUUAACAUCCCAUAGAGAUAGUAUAGGGUUCACUUGACGAGAAAGCGAUCCAUAUCAGGAAUUUCUUCAUUCUUUGAGUUCGACCCUGUUUGAAGAUGGUUGUUGGAUGAAUUUUACUGAUUACACGGCGGAGAUUUAAUUCCGUUGCGGCGGAUGCCGGCGGCGGAGUUGUACAUUGGUAGCUAUCUCUAGUACUUUUAAAUGUAUAGGCACAUUGCUAGUAAUAGGAACUUUGUUCUGCUUGGGAGUUAAAAAUAUUCAUUUUAGUCUUUGAAUAUGAUUUUGUAAAUGAAAACUUCUCUUCUUGAAUUUUAGUUGCACAAUGUUUUUCACUA